CGUCGCUCGGCGCACUACCCGCGGCUCGACCACUCCACACACUGUUUAUUCACAAAUCGAAAACCAAGCACCCUCGCAAGGACUACACUACGCACACGCACCGUACCGCAUGGCGGACGAAUCAGCGGCUGACUGUCUGUUCGAGCGGCUGCGGCUGCAUCAACAGCGCGCGCCGGACUCCACGGAGGUGGCGCGGGCCAUCACCGCGCGGAUCAACUCGCGCCUCACCUCACAUGACAAACAUGUGCGGCAAGCCACGUUGGAGAAACUGUGGAAUAAGCAAUCAGGAGCCAUGCAGAUGUUACUCUCCAUUCUGGAUACUUCCAGGGACUCCGCCACAUGCACUUACAUAACGUCGAUCAUGAGGGAAGCUUUAUGUUUGAAGCAAGGAAAAGGAAAAAAAUGUUCAGAUAAGUUAGCUCCCGAAACUACAGGAAAUAAGAAGAAAGAUGGAAAAAAGACAGGCAAAGAAAACAAAGCGCCAAUUAUUAUUAAAAAGGCGAACAACCUCGCGAGGCAACAAAGCGUGCAGGACUUCAUAUUGUUAAAUGGGACUCAGGUGAUGUGCCGUUUGUUGCUUGCAUCGCACAGCAAGCGAGAGGCCAACGCUGCCGGCGAGCUGAUGAUGCUGGACCUCGUGUGGAUCCUCGCCGCGUUAGCGCCCAAAGAUCCCAAAUUCGCAAUAAAAGUCAGAAUGCUCGGUUGUGUACGGACUGUGCACUUAAUAUUGAAGGGACACUUUACUGAUAACAAACUUAUAUUUCCUCUUCUUGUAAUUAUGAAACAAUUAGCCAAAAAUGCUGUAACCACAUCAAUCCUGAUUCGUGAUGGUGCAAUUUCAACCUAUGAACGAGUAUUGGUGAGCUUAGGAUUCAUUCCCACUGCGAGGCUCCGUCUAUGCCUCGACGCUAUCGACUACUUCAGUAAAAACAAGGUGUGCUGCAUGCAGAUCGUGAAGACAGGACUCUGUUCCGUGCUACUCAGGGUUUUCGACCGCUGGGAUCGCUACGAGGGGCGCAUGAGACUCAAGAUAUGUGCUCACAUACUGCAGACACUCCAACACCUUUGCAACAUAAAGGCGGGACGUCGUGCUCUCUGCACGAAGAAGCACGUACAGAUUUUGCACCGCUUCUGUUCCCAAUGCCCGGAUGAGCCAGAGUUCGACGGGCUGCUAGCACGAGUGUGUUCUGUCAUCACGCUCUGUCUCAAGCACCAAGCUCUACCGGUGCCGGGAAGCAGUCCUGCUUCAUUCAACCUUAAUCCUAUACUUAAAGGCACAAACACUAUGUGGCCUUACCACGAGGACGAAGAAGAUGCAGCAAAUUCCGAUUCUAAGACUGUUAACUCUGAUUUGGACGAUGACAGUCCAGAAGCUGAAUUCGAAGCUAUUGAUGAGUACCCAGAUUAUGAUUUAGAUGAUCCUGAUCUUAAACAGGAUACCAGUGAUGAAGUAGAAAAGGUUUUAUUAAAAGCAGAUAGUAUACAGAGUUCAUUAUGGAUUAACCCCAACGAGAGAGAUUUAGAAGACUUAAAAAAAUAUUUCAUAUUCUUUAAAGAGUUUGGCUCUUACAAUAAGCAAAUAAGACUGGUGAAGAGCCGAUCCAACUCCAGAGGCUCAAUUCUUGAAGAUUUCCUUUGUAAUCAAUCAGGGAACAGGCUUUCAAAUCCACACAAUUUAUCACUUACUGCCGUUUUGGGGAACACCGAUUAUGAGAAUGUCAUGGGCAGUGGUCCAGCUCAAUCGCCUUCUAUGCAAGGAGGCUACAAAAUUCACGAAAGCGCCUCAACAACAUCCAGUUCUUCUUUGAAAAUUCACAAAGACAUAUCUAAGUAUAGCUCGUUUUCAUCCGUGUAUUGUACAAUAUCCUCAAGAGUAAGGAGUAUAAUUUCGUUUGUAAAAGUUGCCUACCCAGAUAUGAACGGUGGGAAAAGUCACAACCAUCCCGAACCUCUGAAUAAGAUGGAAAGAAUCGCUUGCAGAAACAAACUACUAUCCUGCGUAGACAGAGCAAUAAAUCCAGAAGCAUACAUGAAUGAAGUUGUUUAUGAUUUAGAUCAACUCUGUAGCACACCCAACUCUAAUGAAACUUCACAAAAGAGUUUCAGUUCUGAAAGUCUAUUUCUUGGAAAUAACGAUGAACAAGAAGUUGCGAAACUAAAUACAUUUUCACCCAGACUAAGUUUUGAAUCAAGAUUUGAAUCCGGAAAUCUCAGGAAAGCUAUUCAGGUAGGUCCGAGAGAAUACGAGUUGAUCCUUAUGCCAGACGUAAACUCAAACAAGAGACACCAGUGGUUCUACUUCGAGGUCCGCAACAUGCAGCAGGGGCGCCCCUAUAUCUUCAACAUCGUCAAUUGUGAAAAGUCUGACAGCCAGUUCAACUUUGGCAUGAAGCCCGUGUUGUAUUCUGUCAAGGAAGCCGUUAUGGGAAAACCAGGCUGGGUGCGCGCAGGCUCAGACAUCUGCUACUAUCGCAACAGCUACCAUUACGCGAACCUGAAGAAUCACAACAAGUGUUACCUGACCGUCACGUUCAACAUUGAGUUCCCACACUCCAAUGAUGUCUGCUACCUCGCCUAUCACUUCCCCUUCACUUAUUCCAUGAUGAUGACCCGCAUCUGGCAAUGGAGCCUGCAAAUGCCGCCCGGAGCCUACCUCCGCGCGGAGCCUCUCUGCUACUCCCUCAACAGCAACGAAAUCCCACUCCUCACUAUCUCCGCUGAAGAUACUCCCACCAAUCCUAUCGUGGACCGAGACAUCAUAUUUCUGACGGCAAGGGUGCACCCGGGAGAAAGCAACGCGUCGUGGGUAAUGGACGGCACGCUUGGGUGUCUGCUUGGUGACUCGCCAGCCGCCGCCGCUCUCCGGGCCAAGUACGUCUUCAAGAUCAUUCCCAUGCUCAACGUGGAAGGCGUUAUCAACGGCUGCCAUCGAUGCGGGCUGACUAAUGAAGAUUUAAAUCGACGGUGGUGCAAGCCCAGUCCCGUUUUGCAUCCGUCUAUUUAUCAUACCAAGGGUUUGAUAGAGUACUUGGUGAGGGUGUGGAAGAAGCCGCCGCUGGUGUAUUGCGACUACCACGGCCACUCGCGGAAGAAGAAUGUGUUCUUCUACGGGUGCGCGAGCGCAGAAAGCUGGUGCAGUAACGACCGGCUGGUGCAGGACGAGCCUGUCAAAUACCUGAUGCUCCCGGCGCUGAUGCAUCGUAUAUCACCAGCAUUCGCGCUUGGUUCGUGCUCGUUUCGUGUGGAACGUGAACGAGAGAGUACCGCGCGGGUGACCGUGUGGCGGCACCUCGGCGUCACCCGCUCAUACACCAUGGAGGCUUCCUUCUGCGGCUUCGAUCGUGGCCCUUUUAAGGGCUUCCACCUCAACACGCAGCACCUGCAGAAUGUAGGCAGCGACUUCUGCGAGGCCCUGAACGGCCUUAACGACUCUGCUACCAACGUCGACAUACAACUUACUAAGGAUCUUAACGGAAACAUAGUUGAGAUAAAAUUAGACGGUCUCGAAGAUAACAGGCAAGUCGUUUCAGAAAAUUUAUUGAUUGUUUAACUAACAAUUAAUUAACAGAGAAUGUUGUUUGGAAAGUGACAUUUAACAAGUAUAGUCUAUUUUGAGCUUACCCCAUUGGGAAAUAGGCGUGAGUUUAUGUAUGUAGUGUAUUGGCAUGUUUAUAAAUAAAAUAUUAAUUUUGGUAUUAUGUUCUGUUGUGUUCAAUAAAUAAUUAUUGAUUGAUUAAUGAUAAAAACACAUAGAAGGCUAAGUUCAAAAAUUAUCAUUUGACUUGCAUAAUAGUAAAAAAUACACAAAGACUGAUUUUUGAAAUAAACGGGAACAAAAUAUUUCACAAUGGAAUAGCAAAAUUUUAUGAAAAGAUUCAAAGAAAGAUUUAAUUUAUUCUAUAUCGAGAAAUCGGCCCUAAGUAGACGACUAACCUAAAGUGAAUUCAGCAAAUUACUUUCUAUAUUAAAAUAAUUAGUUUUGCUACUUGUGUAUGGUAUUACCCACUUCUAUUGUUUCCGUGUAUGUUUUACGAAAUUCGUAAAACGUGUUUUUUUUUAUUGUUUGAAUAUGCUAUUUGUUUGAAAUUAAUAACUAAUAUAAUUUGACUAAUUUAGAAUUAAUUCAUCCAGGUGGCGCCUAAUAAGUUUGUGGCGUAGCUUAGGCUUGUAAUCAGGUUAGGGUUUUAAAAGUCUAUAAAGCUGAAAGCUUUAAGCUCUUAUCCCUGUUGUGCUGGGAACCACUUUACACGGAAAGCUACACGCUUCCUUUUAUAUUUCUUUCUAUUUAAUCGAGCAAAACUAUGGCUGUUUGAUCGAGCAAAAUUAUAGAAAAGUAAUUCUCGUAGAUAUGGUCGUAGUUAUUCUUAAAUACAGACAGAAGACAUGGUCUGUUUCGUGAUAUUAUUGUCCCUUUCACGCAUGCAUGACACCUAUUAUUCAUCCAAGUAAUUUUUUACCUUUCGAUAAUUUACCUUUUUUAUAGAUUCACACUGCGAUGCUUAUCAUUGUAAACUUAUCUCUUGAAAAGCAAUAUAGUUAUCGCACGUAGGUAGGUAUACAAGUUUGCAAAGAGUGUAACAUAAAAUUGUCCACAAUUUGGCUUAUUAAAUAAUCAGCACCAUCACAUAUAUUAUAAUAAAUAGCACAUGUUUGUGAUUUAAAUUCUCUUCGCUUAACUUCGUCUAAUUGUCGACUAAUCCUCUACUGAAAGGACGAUUCCCACAGCUGAAAUAUAAAAAAACUUGACAGACGGACGGACAAGAAAGUGAUCAUCUAAGGGUUCUGUUUUACCUUUUGAGGUCCGUAACCCUAAAGGUGCCUUUCCACCAGAGAUGUGCUACGCUACGAUGCUACGGAUGCGUUUGAUAUCCACCAAUCAUAUUCAUUGGUGCACAUAACUUAGCACCGGUGGAAACGGAUUCAACUAAGAUAUGUUUUUUUUUUUAUAUGGCAGGAUGCGUGCUAUGGAUGCGUACUGUGGAUGCGUACUUUAGCUAUGUUCCGAGCAGAGUACUAUCGAUACGUAGCAUAGCUCAUAGCACACCUACUUUGCGGAGGCGCAUCUUCCUCGCACAGCUACAUAGCUUAGUAUUAAGAAAGAAAGAAAGAAAGAAAAUAUUUAUUUCCAUAUUGGACGCCACAUUUACAAACUUAAAUUUCAGAAAUUAAAAAAAAACAAAGACAAAAAGACAAAAAUUACAGACAUGCAAUAAACAUUGGAGGCGCCCAAAAACAAAAAUGUAGUGGUGGAAAGGGUCACAUAGUUUCGUAGCGCAGCUUAUACAUCUUCGCAGCAUAGCACGUCUCUGGUGGAAAGGCACCCUAUAAAUGGUUAACUUACCCGCUUCCUACUUUUUACCGAGCCGUAUUAUAACAUCCAAUAAAUACAUCUCUACAAGAUUCACAAAGUCCAACCAUUUGUAAGAUAAACGCGGCAAUGUCACGGUUGUCUCACAUAACAGGAUAAUAGUUUAUGUACGAGUUAUAUCAGGAAGACGGGAGUCCCGCCCACUCGGGAUUUCCAUAAUAAAUCCUCAUUUCUGAGACCGACUUGCAGAUAUCAAUGACGUUUACACGUUGUGCAUGUAAUUUUGCUACUGCAUAUGCUAAUGAGAAUACCUAUACUGGGGGAUUUAUUCCCUAAAGAUCAAAAAGAAGAAAACUUAGAAAAACUUAUUUUUCCUUCAGACGGGACACUGAAUGUUGUUUACGUUUCCGGCCAAGUACUUAAUGCCAUCUGCGGCAAAUCCACAAAAAGUCACGUAAAAAAGUUGUUUACAUUUUAUAACAAUUUAUCUCGAAUUUUAGGUAUGAAGAACUAACAAAAUUUAGGAACCCUCAACAGUGCUGCCGCCUACAUUUCAGCUUCUAGUUUUUAUCCUCAUUGACCUAGUCGGAAGUACAUCCUUCGUAAGAUGAACUUACAUCAUCAUCUCCUAGCACAUAGCGUUGUCCCAUUCUUCACGGGGUCCACUUACCUAACCUGUAGAUACUUGUGGGUCGGGGCAUGAUGGAAACGAUUAUAUUUUCUCCACUGACUUGUUUACGAGCAUUUUCAGUUUUUAACUCAUUCAAAUUCAGAAAAACACCCGUUCCCAUUCACUUUUCCCUCUCGCUCACUCAGCGCUCUCUCCUUCACACACCUUAACGUUCCGUACACAUACAUAAAGUAACAAAAUGCUAACAGUUUAUUGUAUGGUG